AUGUCGUCUCCCAAGGGUCCCUUUCGUCUGGUCACCGUCAACACCGCGCCGGAACGGGCCAAGCGCCUCAUUGGCCGUGUGGCGGAGAACCUGAAGGAUCAAUACACCAUCAUCCACGUCGACAAUUGCGAAAGUCAGUAUUUCAUAUCCGUCAAAAGAAUCUCCAAGUUUGGAAUCUUCAUGAUCUCAAUCAAUCUGACAUAUUUCACAGGUAUCGCCGAGGUUGAGACAAAGGUCAAGCACCACCAGCCGGACGUACUCUUCAGCGCAUCUAUGUGGACCGACGAGGAGGCCAAGCAGAUUCACCAGAUUGCCCGAUCGAUUGUGCCCAAUAUCAAGCUGCACGCGAUUCCCACCGGUCUGCAAGUCGAGCGAGGUCCGGAUGCGAUUGUCGAAUAUUUGUGCGAAAAGGUCCCACCUCUCCUCGAAAGCUAG